GACAUUGCUGCAAUGUCUUACGUUGGUCCUCUUGAUCCUCCUCAUCGUCUUCGUCGUCGUCGUCGUCGUCGUCGUCGUAUAGUGAUCGUAACGGUGGCAAAACCGCUGUCGAAAAAUUCAAAAAUAGCUGCGGCGUGUUAGUCAGUGUGACGAUGUCGACGGGGAACGACGGUUCGACGGUAAGAUUCGGUCGGUGGUGUUGGUGCUGGCGAAGAAGAAGGCGGAAUAGCAUCGGUUCGAGCUCCUCCCUAUUUUUUCCCUCUUUUAUAUCCUUAAAAACGAUGUUAACCACUUUGACCGUCUUCCUUGCAAUAACGGCCUCGAUUGGUCGCGUCGACGCCGCCUCAAGGACGAAACAAGACGAUUCUUCUUCAGGGUCUCGGGGUGGUGGUAGGACCUUUGGUGUUAGCAAGGACGGGGAAUCUGUGAUCGAAGAAGUCACUGCCAAACAACUCGAAAGAAUCCUUAACGAAAAGGAUUUUGUUGCUGUGUUUUGGUAUGCGAGAAGCUGUACGACAUGUGACAAAGUAUUAGCCGAAUUGGAAAAAAUAGAUGAUGACACGGAUCACUUUGGAGUUGAUUUUGUCAAGAUCAACGAUAAAAGAGUUGCGAAACAGUAUGGAAUUAAAAAUUUCCCUGCCCUCACGUAUUUCCGUGAAAAAGAACCAAUUAUAUACGAUGGAGACUUGAUGGACGAAGAAAACGUUUUAGACUUUCUUACUAGUUUAGAAGCAAUGGAUUUACCUGAUCGGAUAGAAGAAGUCAAUGCCAAAAUUCUGGAUAAAAUCGUCGAAGAUACCGAAUUCGUAGCGGUUCUUUUCUGUCCGGAUACGCAGCGAUGUGCUGGCACCGGUUCUAACAAGCCAGACUGCAAAAAAUGCUUGAGAGCACUUCAAGAAUUGGAGAAUAUUGAUGACGAAGCUGAUCAAUUGGGUAUUGGUUUUGUCAAAAUUGCUGAUGAACAACUUGCCGAAGAAUAUAAUCUCGGACCUUUACCGGCUCUCGUUUAUUAUAGGCACCAAAUACCUAUUAUCUACGAACACGAAUUGAGCAGAGAGGAAGACGUAUUGGAAUGGCUAGUAGCAAAUAAAAGUACUGGCGAUGAAGAAGAUGUAAUCGAAGAUGUAACGGCUAAAACAUUGAACACUUUGAUUGGAAACAUCGAUAACUUGGUCGUUUUAUUUUACGAUCACGGUGACGAAGAUUCGAUGCAAGUAUUGAACGAGCUUGAAAAGAUUGAUGACGAUUUGGACAAACAUGGGAUUCAAUUCGUUAAGAUUGACGAUGAAAAAGCAGCGAAGGAAUUUGGUAUUGAUUCUAUACCAGCUAUUGUUUAUUUUGAAAAGCAAAUUCCAAAUGUUUAUGACGGUGACGUUGAAAACGAGGAUGAGAUUUUAGAAUGGCUGUUAUCUCAAUUAGAAAAAGAUGAGAUAGAAGAUGUUACCGAUGAGAUGUUGGAUCGUUUGAUAAAGGAUGGCAAAACUUUGGCUGUUCUUUUCUAUGAUAACAACGAUAGAAAAUCACAAAGGAUUUUAAACGAAUUGGAGAACAUUGACGACGAAUGCGAUCAAUUGGGAAUUACUUUUGUGAAAAUCGAUAACGCUGAAGAAGCAAAGGAAUAUGGUAUAGAAAAGAUACCAAGUAUGCUCUAUUUUGAAAAAGGAAUACCAACGAUGUACGAGGGUAAUUUGGAGGAUGAGGAGAAGGUAUUGAAAUGGUUGGAACAACAGCAAAAGAGUGAACAAAUAGAGGACAUCACCGACGAGAUGUUAGACAUAGUUAUUGAAAAAAUGCCCCACGUAGCCGUACUUUUUUAUGACAAAGAUCAAAAAAAAAGUAAAAACGUACUUGGCGAAUUAGAAAACAUUGACGAUGAUUGUGAUCAACAUAACAUAGCCUUUGUUAAGAUUCAUGAUUUAGAUGAAGCCAAGGAAUAUGGUAUUGAAAACCUUCCAACUUUAGUUUUCUUCGAAAAAAGAAUACCUCACGUUUACGAAGGUGAUUUAAUGAACGAAGAUCAGUUAUUGGGUUGGCUCUUACAUCAGAAAAAACAUACUGAGAUUCCUGAAGUAACGGAUGAGAUGAUGGAAAAGCUCAUUGAAACUUCACCAUAUCUUGCUGUUCUUUUUUACGACAAAGACGACAAGCAGGAUAUACGUAUUUUAAACGAAUUAGAAAAUAUCGACGAUGAACUCGAAAAGGAAGGCAUUGUUAUCAUUAGAAUGGAUAAUGAUGCAGAAGCGAAAGAAUAUGGUAUCGAUCAUCUUCCUACUUUAGUUUAUUUCGAAGAUAAGAUACCAGCUAUUUACGAAGGUGAUCUUCUCAACGAAGAUGAAGUUUUGGAAUGGUUAAUCGAACAAAAAAACACUGCCACGAUCGAAGAGGUCACGGAUGAAAUUCUGACCGAUCUCAUAAGCGAACACGAAUAUGUUGUGGUAUAUUUUAGUGGAAACUGCGACGAAGGUGAUAGCUGCGAUAACGUUCUUUUAGAAUUAGAAAAUAUCGAUGACGAGCUCGACGAAGCUGGUAUCAUUUUCGUAACAACGGAAGAUUUGCCACUUGCCAAGAAAUAUGGUAUUAAAAGUUUUCCUACACUGGCUUUCUUCCGAAACAAAGAACCUUUGAUAUAUCCUGGUGAUCUUGGAGACGAAGACGAAGUUCUUUCUUGGAUCACUGACGAAAAUACACUGGAGAUACCAGGAAAGAUCGAAGAGGUUAAUUCCAAGCUGUUGGAAAAUAUUUUAGAUGAAAACGAUUAUGUUGUUGUUUUCUUUUAUAAGGAAGGUGACAAAAAGAGCCAAAAAAUUCUGCAAGAGUUAGAAAACAUUGACGACGAAUGCGAAGAAAAAAAUAUUGAUUUUGUUAAAAUAUCUGACGAAGGGAUUGAAAAGGAAUACGAUUUACCUGGGCUACCAGCUCUUGCAUUUUACAGGCACAAAUUUCGUCAAUUUUAUACAGGAGAUAUGAUGCACGAGGAAGCUAUUUUAGAUUGGGUUUUAGAUCUUCGUAGUUCCACGCCUGAUGUUAUCGAAAGCGCUGAUAGAAAAACAUUGCAAACUCUUAUUAACGACGUAGAACAUCUUGCUGUAUUUUUCUACGAUGACGAUUGCGAUACCUGCGCAGAAAUAUUGGAAGAAUUAGAAACGAUUGACGAUGAUACAGAUAAACACGGAAUUCAAUUCGUCAAAUCGAACGAUGCUAAAUUAGCAGCCGAAAUUGGUGUCUUCUCCUUUCCAGCUUUGAUUUACUACGAAACUGGUGUUCCAAUCAUGUACGACGGUAAUCUUCUCGACGAAACUGAAGUUCUCGAUUGGAUGGUGAAACAGAAAACCGACGAGAGCAUAGAGGAGAUUGAUCGAGAAACUCUAAUGAAGUAUAUUGAUACGAAGGAAUUUCUCGCAGUUAUAUUUUACAAAGAAGAAGAUCCGGAAAGUCCUCGAGUACUCAGACACAUUGAGUUGAUUGAUGACGAAGCUGCAGAAUAUGGAAUUAAAAUAGUUCGCAUGAAGGAUCGUUUAAUGGCCAAAAAAUAUGGUUAUAGAAACCCGCCUGGUAUAACUUAUUUCCGAAAAGGUAAAAGUACUAAUUAUGAUGGUGAUAUCGAUGACGAAGAAGAGAUUCUUGAUUGGUUGACUGAUCCUGAUAACAUGGAAUUAACGGAUCAUAUCGAACGAAUAAACAAGAAGAUGUUUUAUAAAAUACGUCAAAGUACAGAUUACUUGGCUGUAUUUUUUUACAGCAACGAUUGUAAACAAUGUAGUAGAGUUCUGGCAGAAAUCGAGCACAUCGACGACGAAGCUGAUAAUGCAGGAAUCAAAUUUGUAAAGAUUGACGACAAGGAACUCGCUAAACAUUACGGAGUAUUUGCGUUACCAGGGAUCCUUUUCUUUAAAAUGACAUCAAAAGAACCGGUGAUAUUUGCUGGAGAUCUAUAUGACGAAGAACAGAUUUUGCAAUGGUUAAUGACGCAAAAGGAUCCAUCAGGAGAGGCAAUCGAAGCUUUGGAUGGAGAAGAACUUCUCAAUUUAAUUCGAGAAUCCGAGUCUUUGGCAGUAUAUUUCUGGAACAGAACGCUUUGCGACAUGUGUCAAGCAAAAAUGCAUCGUAAGCAGACACGGCACAGGGAGCACAGGAUCAACGAACAUGAGACAACCGAGGAUGUUGACGACAUCGACAAUUGUGAACAAUGUAUGGGAAUCCUAGAAGAAUUAGAAAAUAUAGACGACGAUUGUGACAGACAUGGUAUUACUUUUAUAAAGACACAGGAUCACAAAGUAGCUGAGGAUUACGGUGUUACAGAUUUUCCAGUCCUCGUUUAUUUUGAAAAUCAAAUACCCAAUGUAUUCGAAGGUGACUUGUCCGUAGAAGAGGAAGUAUUGCAAUGGCUGAUCACACAAAAGACUGAAGAUCGUGUUGAACUGAUAACUCGAGUAAUGUUGGAAGCCUUUGUUGAAGAAACACAGUAUCUUGCUGUUUAUUUCUACAAACAAAACUGUCAUAUAUGCGACGAAAUAUUAGAAGGUUUAGAAAGGGUCGACGAUGAAUGUGACGUCUUUGGUAUACACUUGGUGAAAAUUCAAGAUCCACAGUUAGCGAAAAGAUAUUCCAUUAAAACUUUUCCUGCUCUUGUCUAUUUCCGUAAUGGCAAUCCUCUUUUGUUCGAAGGUGAUCUUCAAAAUGAAGAGUCAGUCCUGGAAUGGUUAAUUGAUGAUGAUAAUCGAGAAUUGGCCGAUGAGAUUGAAUCAGUUAACGAAAGGAUGUUGGAGAGACUUUUGGAUGAAUCGCCAUUUUUAGCUGUCUUUUUUUAUGACGAAGAUUGUGCAGAAUGUGACGAAAUAAUGGAAUCAUUGGAGAAGAUCGAUGGCGAAGCUGAUCUUUUUGGGAUAGAUUUUGUGAAAAUAUCGAGUACCGAAACUGCGGAAAAAUAUAACAUUUUAAAUGUACCUUCUUUGGUAUAUUUUCGUAAAAGAACACCUCUUAUUUACGACGGCGAUCUUACCCAAGAAGACAAAAUUUUACAAUGGCUUACUUCUCAAGACGUUUUUGAGAUUAAAAAUGAAAUCGAAGAAGUAAACAAAAAGAUGCUCGACAAAUUGUUAGAUGAAAAUGAAUUUUUGGCUGUAUUCUUUUAUGAAUAUAACAAUACAGAAAGCGAAGAAGUUCAUGAAAAAUUAGAAACGAUAGACGGAGAAACGGACAAUUUAGAUAUAACAUUUGUUAAAAUGGCAGAUCCAAGGUACGCUCGAAAAUGGGGUGUUACUAAACUUCCGGCUAUCGUUUACUUCCGUAAACGUUUUCCCAGCAUUUACCGAGGUGACCUUCACAAAGAAGACGAAGUUCUAGAAUGGCUUCGUAAAAACAGAUAUCGUCAACCAGAAUUGAACAUCUACAUGUAUAUCCUGAUAGCCACUACACUGGUCUUUGGAAUGUAUACUGGUUUCCUCCUUGUAUGUUUUCGAUCAGAACCAUCUACUCCAACGCCUCAUCCAAAGCAAGCUUGAAAAAUGUAUCUUAUUGAUACCUGAAAAGAACUUGGAAAAAAAAGAAAACAAAACAAAAUGAUUAAGUUGAUGAGUAAAACGAAUAAAUAAGAAGCGAUCAUUUAGAAAGCGUUUAGGGGAGAAAGAGAGAAAGAAAAUAAA